GCUUUGCCACAAUGUCCCAGCCUGGCCCGAAGCCUGCCGCCUCUCCCAGGCCCCGGCGCGGCGCAGCAGCCCGCCACACCCAGGAGCAUGUUAAUGAAAAGAAUACUGGAUCAUCUUCCAAAUCAGGAGAAAAGAAAGGAUCAGAUGAGGUGCCAGCUUCAUCUGCUGCAGCCAGCAAGUUUCCCAGUAUGAGUACCACAGAAGCUAAGGCUGUGAAAACAGAGUCUGAGAAGUCACAGUCAAGUAAGCCAUCUGUGGUUCAUGAGAAAAAGUCCCAAGAAAGAAAGGCAAAGGAAGGCUCAGAGCCCCAAAACCUUCCCAAGCAUGCAUCAGAUACAGGAAGUAAGCGUGCUCCUAAAGAAAAAGCAGUUUCCAGAUCAAAUGAGAAGACGGUGUCAGAAAAAUCAGCAGAACCAAAGACAAAAUCACAAGAUGCUCCUGCUGCUGGAGGGGGUGUGGUUGCUGGUGUGACAGUGGCUGCAGCAUCAGACAAGGUGGAUGACAAGUCAGGCAUAGAUGUUGCUUUAGAUGACCUGAUAGACACUUUAGGGGAACCUGAAGAAACUAACAAAGAUGAUCCACGAUACACUGGACCAGUAGUUUUGGACCCAAUGGAUUCUACCUACAUUGUGGCACUAGGUAUAAAAGAAGGGACUAUUCCUCCAGAGUACAGGGAACUUCUGGCUAAAAAGGAAGGGAUCACAGGGCCUCCUUCAGAUUCUAAACCCAUGGGACCUGAUGAUGCUAUAGACGCCUUGUCGUCUGACUUCACCUGUAGUUCUCUGCCUGGAAAGCAAACUAAGAAAGAGAAAUCAACAGGGGACGUUUUCAAAGCUCAGGCUGCUGGAGUGACCAGAAGUUCUGUUCCUCCCCAGGAGAAAAAAAGGAAGGUGGAAGAGGAUGUCAUGAGUGAUCAAGCCCUGCAGGCUCUGUCAGAUUCACUGGGCACCCGGCAGCCAGACCCUGAGAGCCACCUUAGCCAAGCCGCACAAGUCAAAGAGGCAAAAGCAAAAGAAGAAAGGCAGGAGAAGUGUGGUGAAGACGACGACACAGUCCCGGCUGAGUACAGGUUAAAGCCGGCUGUGGAUAAAGAUGGAAAACCACUAUUGCCAAAACCUGAAGAAAAGUCUAAGCACCUGAGUGAAGCAGAGCUGAUUGGGAAACUUUCAGAAGAUUUUGGCCGAUCUACAUGUCAAGACAAACCAUCUAUACCAGCUGAGAAAAUAGAAAAGUUGAAGGACACAUCCCCAACUCCUGUGGCCGAGGCUGUGCCUCAGGCCUCCAUGUGCAGUAUACAGUCAGCACCACCCAAACCAGCAUCUUCGAAGAGCAUGGCUCCAGAUGAUGCUGUCGAAACCUUGGCUGGAAGCCUGGGGAAAAAAGAAGCAAAUCCAGAAGAUGAAAAACCUGUAGUGGAUAAAGUCAAAGAGAAGACUAAAGAAAAAGACUAUGAAAAACUUGGUGAAAAAGAAGAAACAAUUCCUCCUGAUUAUAAACUAGAAGAGGUCAAGGAUAAGGAUGGAAAGCCACUCCUGCCAAAAGAGCCCAAGGAACAACUUCCACCCUUGAGUGAUGACUUCCUUCUUGAUGCCUUGUCUCAGGACUUCUGCAAUACCACAAACAUAUCGUCUCUUGAAUUUGAAGAUGCCAAACUUUCUGCUGCCAUCUCUGAAGUAGUUUCGCAGACACCUGUGCCUAGCACCCACGCAGCUCCUAGCACCCACGCAGCAGCCCCUCCACCUGAUACUGAGCACAGAGACAAAGAACUCAGUGAUGCCUUGGAUGAACUCUCUGACCGUCUUGGGGAAAGACAGCCUGACCCAGAUGAGAACAAACCAGUAGAUGAUAAAGUAAAGGAAAAAAUUAAAGCAGAACAUCGUGAGAAACUUGGAGAAAGAGAUGACACUAUCCCACCUGAGUAUAGGCAUCUCCUGGACAAUGAUGGGCAGGGCAAACCAGAGAAGCCACCUACAAAGAAAUCAAAGGACCCCAUUGAUGCCCUCUCAGAAGAUUUGAAUAGCUGCCCCUCAACUACAGAGACCUCACAGAAUACAGCAAAGGAGAAGAGCAAGAAGAUGGGAUCAAGUUCCAAAGCACCCAAGAAUGGAGUGAAAACAAAGGAUUCCUCCAAGAAGACAGAAGUGUCCAAUCCAAAGGCUGACGAAAAGGAAAGCUAAACAUUUGGGUAUCUGAAUAGAAAUUCUUCAGCUGGUGGGUGGUGACUUUUGAAGAACAACGGCUUUGGUGACAACUUUUCUGGGUAGCUUCUAGACA